AUGAUCGCUGACAGCACCACGAGAAACCUGAGAAAACCCGCCAGAUUCAGCCAACUUGGCAACAUCAACGUCGUCCGCAAACACAUCCUCCUGAGAGUCGAUUCUUUCACCUCUGAUGUAUCGCUGCUUGGUGGAACCACCCUCAACGAGCUGAGAAACGAAGACGAUUCGUACAACUUAAAGAAAGUCGGCACCAAUACGUCUCUCGACUCCAACUUGACCGUCCAGAGCAAGUUCAAGGUGCAAUUUCACUUGCUGCCGAAGGAAAUCAGCCUCUUGCGGUACACGUGGAACAAGAUGUUGGUGGACGAGGAGCUUGAAACCCAGGAGCUGUCGCUUCCGAUCGAAGGGCUGCUUUCUGUGCAACAAGAAAAGCACCAUCUGCAACCACAACGCCAGCAGGCAGCCACCAUUCUGAGCUCCCGUUACGCUUCCAUGGCGCUGUCGAUGUUCUGCAUCUUAUUCUACCACACGUUGCUCUCGAUGGAUCCCGAACUCGAGCUCAUGUUCCCAUCCUUGAGGCAUCAAGCGUCUGCGUUUGCCAGUGUGAUCUCGUUGGCCAUAAGCAGCCUUGAAAAUUUGUCUGUGCUUGACGACUAUCUUACGAAGUUGGGCAACACCCACUCGCGGAUCUUGGGCAUUGAGGCUCCACAGUUUGAGCUCAUGGGCGAGGCGUUCAUCCAGACGUUCCACGAACGCUUUGGCACCAAAUUCACCCACGAGCUCGAGGUGUUGUGGAUCAAACUCUACAUGUACUUGGCCAACUCGUUGUUGCAGAACGGCAUGGACCCUACGCUCAAGCUCGACUCGCAGGUGUUUCUGCGUCCCGGUGUCUACACGGAAAGCAUCUACGCCGACAGCGAUAGCAGCUCGUUGAGCCUGCGAGCGAAAACUGAGUCGACGACGCUUGACCUGGCGUCAGCGUUCAGUGUGAGGCUGGAGAAGCCGCGUCCCAGGCCCCUGGUGGCGAAACCUAAGAAGGAGAAGAAGAAGAGGGACUGUGUCAUUGUGUAG